AUGGCAUCAAUUAUAGAUGAAACAUAUUCGUCUAAGCAUGAUUUAUAUGAUGCUCUCCUUAAUACAUUAUUUCCAAUCACCUUUGUUAUUUUACUUAAUGUCAAAAAUGAAGAGAAAUCUAUUAAAAAUUUUUUCUUGCCAUUAUUAGACGACAUAUUAUAUAAUAUGGUUACUUGGGCGAUUCCACUAAUAGUUUCCUUUACUUAUGGAGAUACGUCAGAUAUAAUGAUAUUUUCAAUUAUAAACAUGUUAUUACAUGUAUUUUGCGCUGUUUCCGCAAUAGUUUAUGCAAUAAUUACGCCUAGAAAAAAAUUACAUGACCGUGAUUUUUACGGAUUAUAUUUUAGUAUUGUUGUAUUUUUAAUAUUGUUUCCAGUGAUAAUUAUUCCAGUGUUUUGGAUUAUUAUCAUUAGUAGACAAACUUUUGAACCAAUUGAUUUAGUAUUUCUUGUAUUAUUUGUAAUAUUGUUAGUUGUCGCAGUUCUUGCUUG